CAGGCGGCAGCGGCAGAGGUUCUCACUCUGCAGCACCCGCACCACCGCCCACCCCGACCCCGGCCCUCUUUCAGUGGUGACCCACAGGCUGGCAGGCGACAUGAGGGUGGCCGGUGCACUGCUGCCCCUGCUGAUGCAGGCCUGUUGGGUGGCCACACAGGAAGUCCCAGGGACCUCAAAGGCCAUCGCCUUCCAAGACUGCCCUGUGGACUUGUUCUUUGUGCUGGACACCUCUGAGAGCGUGGCCUUGAGGCUGAAGCCGUAUGGGGCCCUGGUGGACAAGGUCAAGUCCUUCACCAAGCGCUUCAUCGACAACCUGAGAGACAGGUACUACCGCUGUGACCGCAACCUGGUGUGGAAUGCAGGUGCCCUGCACUACAGCGAUGAGGUGGAAAUCAUCCGUGGACUCACGCGCAUGCCCAGCGGCCGUGAUGAGCUCAAGGCCAGCGUGGACGCCAUCAAGUACUUUGGCAAGGGCACCUACACCGACUGCGCCAUCAAGAAGGGGCUGGAGGAGCUGCUCAUUGGGGGCUCCCACCUGAAGGAGAACAAGUACCUGAUUGUGGUGACUGAUGGGCACCCCUUGGAAGGCUACAAGGAGCCGUGUGGGGGUCUGGAGGAUGCAGUGAAUGAGGCCAAGCACCUAGGCAUCAAGGUCUUCUCUGUGGCCAUCACGCCUGACCACUUGGAGCCACGUCUGAGCAUAAUUGCCACAGACCACACGUACAGGCGUAACUUCACAGCCGCAGACUGGGGACAGAGCAUCGGUGCAGAGGAGGUCAUCAGCCAGACCAUUGACACCAUUGUGGACAUGAUUAAAAACAAUGUGGAGCAAGUGUGCUGCUCCUUCGAGUGCCAGCCUGCCAGAGGACCUCCAGGACCUCGAGGGGACCCUGGGUAUGAGGGCGAGCGAGGAAAGCCUGGUCUCCCCGGAGAGAAAGGAGAAGCUGGAGACCCCGGAAGGCCUGGGGACCUGGGACCAGUCGGGUACCAGGGAAUGAAGGGAGAAAAGGGGAGCCGUGGGGAGAAGGGCUCCAGGGGACCCAAAGGCUACAAGGGCGAGAAGGGCAAGAGAGGCAUCGAUGGAGUGGAUGGCAUGAAGGGGGAGACAGGGUACCCAGGCCUGCCAGGCUGCAAGGGCUCACCAGGAUUCGAUGGCAUUCAAGGACCCCCUGGCCCCAAAGGUGAUGCUGGCGCCUUUGGACUAAAAGGAGAAAAGGGCGAAGCUGGAGCAGAUGGGGAGGCUGGGAGACCUGGGAGCUCGGGACCACCUGGAGAUGAGGGCGAGCCAGGAGAGCCUGGGCCCCCUGGAGAGAAAGGAGAGGCUGGUGACGAGGGCAAUGCAGGACCAGAUGGUGCCCCAGGAGAGAAGGGUGGCCCUGGAGAAAGAGGACCUCGGGGGACCCCAGGUGUACGGGGACCAAGAGGAGAUCUGGGUGAACCUGGACCCCAAGGUGACCAGGGAAGAGAAGGCCCCGUCGGCAUUCCUGGAGACCCGGGUGAGGCUGGCCCAAUUGGACCUAAAGGAUACCGCGGUGAUGAGGGUCCUCCAGGACCUGAGGGUCUCAGAGGUGCCCCAGGACCUGCCGGGCCCCCUGGAGACCCAGGGCUGAUGGGUGAACGGGGUGAAGACGGUCCCCCCGGAAACGGCACUGAGGGCUUCCCAGGCUUCCCCGGAUAUCCAGGCAACAGGGGCCCCCCAGGGCUAAACGGCACCAAAGGCUACCCUGGCCUCAAGGGAGACGAGGGUGAAGCUGGGGACCCUGGAGAGGAUAACACUGAUGUUUCACCCCGUGGGGUUAAAGGGGCGAAGGGGUACCGAGGCCCAGAAGGCCCCCAGGGACCCCCAGGACACGUGGGACCACCCGGGCCUGAUGAAUGUGAGAUUUUGGACAUCAUCAUGAAAAUGUGCUCCUGCUGCGAGUGCAAGUGUGGCCCCAUCGACAUCCUCUUUGUACUGGACAGCUCUGAGAGUAUUGGCUUGCAGAACUUUGAGAUCGCCAAGGACUUUAUUAUCAGGGUCAUUGACCGUCUGAGCAAGGACGAGCUGGUCAAGUUUGAGCCAGGGCAGUCCCAUGCGGGCAUGGUGCAGUACAGCCACAACCAGAUGCAGGAGCAUGUGGACAUGAGGAGCCCCAACAUCCGCAAUGCCCAGGAGUUCAAGGAAGCCGUCAAGAAGCUGCAGUGGAUGGCAGGUGGCACGUUCACGGGGGAGGCGCUCCAAUACACCCGGGACCGGCUGCUGCCACCCACCCAGAACAACCGCGUUGCCCUGGUCAUCACGGACGGACGCUCAGACACGCAGAGAGACACCACGCCCCUCAGCGUGCUCUGCGGCCCUGACAUCCAGGUGGUCUCCGUGGGCAUCAAAGACGUGUUUGGCUUUGUCGCGGGCUCAGAUCAGCUCAACGUCAUCUCCUGCCAAGGCCUGUUGCCCCAAGGCCGGCUGGGCAUCUCACUGGUGAAGGAGAACUAUGCAGAGUUGCUGGAUGAUGCCUUCCUGAAGAAUAUCACGGCCCAGAUCUGUAUAGACAAGAAGUGCCCAGACUACACCUGUCCAAUCACGUUCUCCUCUCCGGCUGACAUCACCAUCUUGCUGGAUGGCUCCGCCAGUGUGGGCAGCCAUAACUUUCACACCACCAAGCUCUUCGCCAAGCGCCUGGCCGAGCGCUUCCUGUCGGCGGAGCGGGAAGACCCCUCCCAGGAGGUGCGGGUGGCAGUGGUGGAGUACAGCGGCCAGGGCCAGCAGCAGCCAGGGCGGGCAGCCCUGCAGUUCCUGCAGAACUACACGGUGCUGGCCAGCACCGUGGACAGCAUGGACUUCUUCAACGAUGCCACCGAUGUCAACGACGCACUGAGCUACGUGACUCGCUUCUACCGCGAGACCUCGUCGGGCGCCGCCAAGAAGAGGUUGCUCCUGUUCUCAGACGGCAACUCGCAGGGGGCCACAGCAGCGGCCAUCGAGAAGGCAGUGCAGGAGGCCCAGCGUGCGGGCAUCGAGAUCUUUGUUGUGGUGGUAGGCCAUCAGGUGAACGAGCCCCACAUCCGCGUGCUGGUCACAGGCAAGACGGCAGAGUACGAUGUGGCCUUUGGCGAGCGUCACCUAUUCCGUGUGCCCAGCUACCAGGCCCUGCUCCGUGGCGUCUUCUAUCAGACAGUUUCCAGGAAGGUGGCGUUGGGCUAGUGGGCAGUGCAUACCUCGUCAAGCCUCCCUUCUCCUACCCAUGACCAAACAGAAAGAGGAAAUGUGACCAGAGUUUCCUGGCCAACCCCAACAGCUAGACUGCAUUAAGGGAGAGUGUGACAGGCUGGGAUGUCACCCGAGCUGUGUGCUGUCCUCUGCCACUCACCCGAGCUGCCAUCUGUGUCCACUCCCUCCCUCAAUUCAUGCAGCAUGGCAGCCACCUUGCUCGCCUCCCUCUGCACCUGGGCUGCGCACGUCCAGUCCAUCUCAUCUCCCUUGCUGCUGACAUCAGUUCCAUGCUGCGCCCUUUUCUGUUCCUGACGUCUAGACACCAAUCCUUCAGGAUCUUCUUUAUCGUUUCAUCCAUGAUUUAAGUCAAAGCAAACCCUGCUCAUGAGUUCAGGUGAGCUGCUGGUGCUGACUGCUUGGUUUCCAGAAAAUGGAAGGCAAGAGUAUUCUCAAACACACACCUUGAGGAGGUGGCUCUUCCUCAUCAGGUGCUUGGAAGUGGUCCAGGCCCUUGGGGCCUCCAGGUGAGCAGCAGGAAGACGCUAGCUUGGCCUCCUGACCUCACGCUCUCCAUGUAAAGGUGCUGCCCUCUGGGCCCCACAUUCACACAGGGCCUGGCCUGGAUGGAUGUGUCUGUCAAAAGCAGCCAGAAGCUUUAUCCUAAAAAUAGUGACUGUGCUACAUCUUACUGAAGACCCUCUAUGUUAGUUUCAGUCUCAGCCCCGUCCAAGCCAGCCAUCUCUGCUAAUAAAGGUUUC